GAAAAUCUUAAGACUAUAGAAGAUGUACAGAAGAAUCGGAUAUCCCCUGAAAUUUAUUGACUGUUUAUGUCACAAACACUGGCUUUGGCAUAAAGAUGAGUUGAGGAUGCUGGAGCAUGGAGUGCUGAAGUGUUUUACCGGAUGAUUUACAAAGGUGUAGGAGAAGAGUUGGCUUUUCAUAUAGGUUACUAUACAUUGUGUCUGGAACCCCCACAGGCAGAAUCAUGGAAGAGUUUUUCCUGGCUACUUUGUACUAAACAUGCAACCUCUAAAGUUUUAACAUGGGAGACAAUGCAACAUAUUACCACAUCUCGUCUUUCUUCCUGGUUGGUAUUCCUGGUUUGCAAGAUUUUCAGCACUGGAUUGGCAUCCCUGUCUGUCUCUUGUUUGCCCUGACCUUGCUGGGGAACACUGUAAUCAUUGUUACUAUCAAGCUGGAGCCAAGCCUCCACCAGCCUAUGUAUUUCUUCCUUUGCAUGCUGGCAAUGAAUGACAUGGCUCUUGUCUCUUCCACAGCACCCAAGAUGCUUGGCAUCUUCUGGUUUGAUGCACACUGGGUUGACUUUAAUGUCUGCCUAGCACAAUUGUAUUUCAUCCACACAUUUUGCAUUAUUGAGUCUGCCCUCCUAGUUGCCAUGGCUUUUGACCGCUAUGUGGCUAUUUGCAUCCCAUUGCGUUAUACAACCAUCCUGACAACACCAAUGGUCAUUAAAAUGUUUUUAGUUGGUGCAAUGCGAGCUAUCCUUAUGGUUUUGCCCUGUCCUCUUCUCAUUAACAAGCUACCAUAUUACACCAAAAAUGUCAUCAAUCAUGCCUAUUGUGAGCAUAUGGCAGUGGUGAAGUUGGCCAGUGCCAACACCCUCAUUAACAGAGCAUACGGAAUCUCUGUGGCCCUUUCAGUAAUGAUAUUGGACCUAGGGCUCAUAGCCACAUCCUAUAUCAAAAUCCUCCAGGCUGUCUUCCGGCUCUCUUCCCAGAAUGCCCGCUCUAAAGCACUGGGCACCUGUGCUGCCCAUGUCGGCACUAUCCUUGUCUCCUACACCCCUGCACUGUUUAGCUUCCUAACUCACCGCAUUGGCAAGAAGGUACCUCCAAGCGUCCACAUAAUUUUUGCAAGUUUGUACCUUCUAGUGCCCCCUACAGUCAAUCCCUUAGUGUAUGGUGUCAAGACCAAGCAGAUUCGUGACCGAGUGGUGAGUCUUUUUUUCCCAAAUAAGAAAAUUUCUGAAGAAUAA